CAAAAUUCUGCUGCGCUAAACUCGAAAGCUCUAACCUUCACGAUUUUCGCUCUGUGAAAAACUCUCCCUCCAAUUUCCAGUUCUCUACGAAAGGUCCAAUCUCAUGGCCUUUGUCAAUGGCGACGCAGAAAUCACCUCCUUCGCCUGCUCUUCAGAGAUGGAGAAGUUCCUCUGCGACCGCUUGAACGACCCUUCUCAGCCCAUUGCCGAGCGCUUCCGAGCUCUGUUCUCCCUCCGCAACCUCAAGGGCCCCGCCCCUCGCGAAGCCCUCAUUCUUGCGACUAGAGAUCCUUCGAAUUUGUUGGCUCAUGAGGCUGCAUUUGCAUUGGGCCAAAUGCAAGAUACAGAUGCAAUCCCAGCGUUAGUGACUGUUCUUAAUGAUCUUUCGUUGCACCCCAUUGUUCGGCACGAGGCAGCAGAAGCUCUUGGAGCUAUUGGCUCAGAGAGUAAUAUUUCUUAUUUGGAAAAGAGCUUGGCUUUAGAUCCUGCUCAAGAGGUUAAAGAGACAUGUGAAUUGGCCCUUAAGAGAAUUGAACAACUGAAAGAUUCUAGUAACGAAGGUGAAUCAUCCACAGUUGAAAAGUCGCCAUUUCUGUCUGUCGAUCCAGCUGCCCCAGCUUCUUCUGAUUCUUCAGUAUGUCAACUUAGGGAAAUUCUUCUGGAUGAUGAUAAGGGCAUGUAUGAGCGCUAUGCAGCACUUUUUGCUUUACGGAAUAAUGGCAAUGAUGAAGCUUUAACUGCAAUUAUCAACUCUUUAAGAUCCAAAAGUGCUCUGCUAAAGCAUGAGGUUGCUUAUGUAUUAGGCCAAUUGCAAAACAAAGCAGCUUCAGAUGCUCUCUCCAAUAUUCUUGAGGAUGUUAAUGAGCACCCAAUGGUUAGACACGAGGCUGCCGAAGCUCUUGGUUCCAUUGCAGACGAAAGAAGCAUAGCACUUCUCAAUGAGUUUGCAAAGGAUCCUGAGCCUAUUGUCUCGCAGAGUUGUGAGGUUGCACUAAGCAUGCUGGAGUAUGAAAGGUUGGGAAGAUCAUUUGAGUUCCUGUUCAUGCAAUCUCCUCAAGUGCAAUAAGUUGCAACAAACAGAAAAUAACAUCAAUUGCGAAGGCCAACAUGAAAGAAGAAUGUUUGGUAAUGACAUCCCUUCCACCUUGCUGUAAAGCCGAAGCAACUGCUGGUGUGAUUUAACGUUCAAAAGAAAAGAAUAUAUAGAUAAGGCAAAGAACAAGAAAUCAUUGAAUGCAUGCAUGCAUGCUCGAGGUAAGAAAAAGCAACAAAUUGGGAGAUGCUGAAAAGACAGGGGAAUAGGAGGAACUAGAUAGGUAUAUGUAUAGGUAUAGGCAUAGGGAUAGAGAUAGGUGAGAGAAGAAAGCUACGAUCAUACUCGAGCAAGCUCGUGAACCUAAUGAUGGUCUUUCUCUUCUGUUGCCAAACCGAUCCAUAAUAGAAUAGCCAAAUAGGCGAAGUAGC